AGAUGAUCCAACGACGCUAUCCUAUCUUCUCAUCCAAUGACAAUACAUGAAAGAAGAAAUUUCAGAACACGAAGCAGACUUCAAGGGACAGCCAACUUGUUUUUCUGCCGUGAAAGAUGAUCGAUUCAUGAUGGCCAGGUCAAAGGGAAAUGUAAGGAAGGUCGGAACGUUGCCAUAUAGAGAAUAUUCCAUGGAGCUUAGGUCAAUGUCGAAACGCCCACCACCUUACGUUGAUGUGGAUAGUCUGAGGUUCAUGAACUUGCACGAUGAUUCUACAACAAGAAGAAAACAUGGUUCUAACAAAAUCAGGGUAGAAGAAGAUAAAUCACCACCUGUGAUUAUUAGAAGUGGAUGUGCAAAAUAUCCGAGAGUUAGGUACUUCAUGUGCUGCAGUGUGGGACUGCUGAUACUUCUUAUCUGUGCCAUUUUGAUUAACGUGUUGUUCCCGUAUCCAUUGCAUGCAUCGUGCAUUGUAAAAUGGACAUUUGGAGAUUCUUGUACUUACACGAUGCAAAAAUUCAGAUGCCAGAUUCUAAACUGGUCAUCUUGUGCCAAUUGUGGGCCACGAGGUAACAGAUGUCUGUACACGCUCAAAGAACCGAAACCAGAUGAAAGCAAUGUAAUAAGAGCUGUACACUUUGCACCCAACUUGAAAACUAUGGAGAACAUAAAGAUUGCUUUUGAAGAAAUUAAUAAAACCUGUGCAGCAACGGUACUUCAAUAUCCUUUUAAUUACUUCAAUUAUUACAAUUUAAUUUACCGCUUACAACAUUAUUUAUUAUCCAAGGGAGAAUCUACAUCAAAUGACUGGUUUAGGGUGUUCGAUUAUGGCAGAAACUAUUGCAAUUUACGUAAUUUAGUGACUGGAAUUGGUUUUGAUAAAAGUUCAAAGUUUUUAGAGCUGACAAGCAAUGCAGUUUGUACACAAUAUAACAUGGCAAUUUGCGAAUAAACUUUUUAUGAAUAUAUUAUAGACAUUUUUGAGAGUUCUAUUGAAUAAAACAGUGAAUUAUUCUCAUACCUUUAUUGACUUCAAUAUUAUGCGAUUUAUAAAAAUAAAUUACAGAUAUGUUUGAUAUUAUUACAGUUAACAAGUGAACUUAUAAAAUACGUCUUUUACAAUUUCUAAGUACAAGGUGCAUUCAGUGAAAAUACAUUCUUAUUUAACUAAAACAUUUGAUACUAAUAUACAAUACUAUUAUA